AUGCCCUCAACGUACUGCAUCCGCCCCGGAACAUUCUCCGACGUCGAUGACGCCGCCGUGCUCUACACCCAGAGCUUUGCAAACGAGGCUCUUCUCGACUAUAUGUUUCCCGACCGUGCCGUCGACCCGACCGCCUUCCACACCUGGAUCUCCCGCCGCUUCUGGAUGCGCUACUGGACGCCCGAGUAUGUCCUUACCAUACUCGAUGCUUCCGACGGGAAGGGAAAGGUCAAGCCUGUGGGCUUUUCCUGGUGGCACCGCCCAACCGAGUCCCUUUCUUUUCGUGAGCGGUGGCUAUCUCCUUACGCAUGGCUUGCUCCCUUCAUGCAGUCUCUGCUCAACCUCCAGUCGUACAUCGCCCCAAUCCCCGGGCUCGACCAUCACCGCGUCACCAUCUACGACCGUGUCUUCGCCACCCUUGAGCCCACCAUUCUGCACUCUCCUCGCCGUCGCUCUGCCUGGUAUCUCUCCAGUCUAGGUGUUUCGCCCGAAUUGCAGGGCAGCGGCUACGGUUCCUUGCUGCUCCGUGCCGGCCUGCAAGAGGCCGACCGUGCCGGCGUUGCCACCUGGCUCGUGGGCUUGCGUGGCCUGGAUGAUUUUUACUCCCGUUUCGGCUAUGUCGAAGUUGCGAGGGCCAAUGUUGGAGAAUUGAAAGAUUGGGAUGGUGGCGUUAUCAUGUUCAGGGGAGAGUGA